AUAAGCAACGACUUGCCUUUCAACUCAGGCAGCAAAUGGGUUUAUGAAUGCAUAGGAAAGAGAAAACGAGGUCCCACUAAUCGGAGAGGAUGAAAUUACAGAUACCAAAGAACAGCACCCAGGCAGAAGCCCGCCAAAAUGCCAGCAAUCACCACCUCUUCAUCUUCAAUAACAACCCAACUUCCUCGCCUAUCUCCUCCUCCUCCUCCGCCGUCCUCAAUAACACAUGCCCCUCAAAACCUUCAUCAUUCUUUUAAACCCGUAUUCCGCCGCCACCUCCUUGUCCUUGCUUCCCUCUCUAUCUCCCCUCUUCUCAUACCAGCAGCCACUGCCCGUGGCCUCUUCCAAAUGCCCCCCGUCCGCCUCACCAACCGGUACUAUUUGGUGAGAGCUGGGGAAUCUGAAUUUGAGAGCCUCGGGAUUAUCAACACGAAUCCAGUUGCAAAAACAUCGGUUGAUAGCGGUUUGUCAGAGAAAGGAAAGAAGCAGACUGUGAAGGCUGCUUUAGAAUUGAAGGCAAUGGGAGCUUGUGAUAAGGGUUGCUGGAUUUGGCCCUCCAUUACUCAGAGAGCUUACCAGGCUGCAGAGAUUAUAGCUGCAAUUAAUGGAAUCAGCAGGAGUUUUAUAGUUCCAGAGUACAGCUUCCUCGAUGCUCGUGGAUUGGGAGCUUAUGAGGGCAAGAACUUGGAAGCUCUUUCAGAAGUGUAUGAAUCAGAUACUGUUUCUCCGAGAAACAAGCCUCCUCCAAUUGAUGAUGGCACCCCAAAUGAGAGUGUUGCAGACGUAUUUGUCCGUGUGACCCAACUUAUGUCCAUUCUUGAAACCCAAUAUUCUGGGGAAACAAUCAUUAUUGUCUCUCCAGAUUCUGACAAUUUAUCAAUUCUACAGGCUGGUUUAGUUGGACUUGAUCUUCGAAGGCACAGAGAUCUUUCAUUUGGUCCUGGGGAAGUCAGAUUCGUUGAUACCAAUAGCAUACCUACUUAUAAGCAACCUGCAUCUGCUGUAUAUAAAUGUCUAAACCCACCAGUUUGCAACUGAAAUUAUAUGUUCAUUUAGUUGGGCAAUUUGUUUUUAAAGCAACUGACUUUUUAUUUCUUCUGUAUCUAAUUCAUUUUCACGUGUACCCGAUCCAUUUUUGCGCUUAUGUUGAUAUCCUGUAAAUCAGUUGGAUGAAAUGUUAGCCUUUUCGCUUGUUAAUUUGAACUACAGUACAUGAAGAUGAAAAAGGUUGUGAAGUAUCUACA